UUACACAGAUCAUUUCCUCCAACACAAAGCUUUCUUCUUCCAUAGCAUCUGAUUCAUCGCAUCUUAAUCUCAAACAGGGUUUAUUAGGGUUCUUGAUUUCAUCAAUGGGUUCUUACUCAGCUGGCUUCCCUGGAUCUUUGGACUGGUUUGAUUUUCCCGGUUUAGGAAACGGAUUCUAUCUAAAUGAUCAACCUUUGUUAGAUAUUGGAUCUGUUCCUCCUCCUCCAGAGCCAUAUUCGCAACCGAAUCUUGCUUCUGCGGAUGCUGAUUUCUCUGAUUCUGUUUUGAAGUACAUAAGUCAAGUUCUUAUGGAAGAAGAUAUGGAAGAUAAGCCUUGUAUGUUUCAUGAUGCUUUGUCUCUUCAAGCAGCUGAGAAAUCUCUCUAUGAAGCUCUCGGCGAGAAGUACCCGGUUGAUGAUUCUGAUCAGCCUUUGACUACUACUAGCCUUGCUCAAUUGGUUAGUAGUCCUGAUGGUUCUUCUUAUGCUUCAAGCACCACAACCAUUUCUUCUGAUUCACAAUGGAGUUUUGAUUGUUUGGAGAAUAAUAGGCCUUCUUCUUGGUUGCAGACACCGAUCCUGAGUAACUUCGUUUUUCAGUCCACUUCUACUAGAACCAGUAGCGGUAAUGCGGUUUUCGGGUCAAGUUUUAGCGGUGAUUUGGCUUCUAAUAUGUUUAACGAUAGCGAAUUGGCGUUGCAAUUCAAGAAAGGGAUGGAGGAAGCUAGUAAGUUCCUUCCUAAGAGCUCUCAGUUGGUUAUAGAUGUCGAAAAUUACAGCCCGGCUUUGACAUCCAAGGAGAAGGAUAACUCUGUUCCUUACAGAUUAACCGGAAAGAAGAGCCAUUGGCGCGAAGAUGAACAUUUGGCUGAAGAAAGAAGUAAGAAGCAAUCAGCUGUUUAUGUUGAUGAAACUGAUGAGCUGACUGAGAUGUUUGACAAGAUUCUGAUAUUUGGCGAGGCUAAGGAACAACCUGUAUGCAUUCUUAACGAGAAUUUCCCGAAGGAACCCGCGAAAGCUUCAUCGUUUGGUAAGAGUCAAAAAGGCGAGAAACCGGACGCUAGUGGUAACAGUUAUACAAAAGAGACACCUGAUUUGAGGACAAUGUUGGUUUCUUGUGCUCAAGCUGUGUCGAUUAAUGAUCGUAGAACCGCUGACGAUCUCUUAAGUCGGAUUAGGCAACAUUCUUCAUCUUACGGCGAUGGAACAGAGAGAUUGGCUCAUUACUUCGCUAACAGUCUUGAAGCACGUUUGGCUGGGAUAGGUACACAGGUUUAUACCGCCUUGUCUUCCAAGAAAACAUCUACUUCUGACAUGUUGAAAGCUUACCAAACUUACAUAUCAGUCUGCCCGUUCAAGAAAAUCGCAAUCAUAUUCGCUAACCACAGUAUUAUGCGGUUGGCUUCGAUUGCUAAUGCGAAGACCAUCCACAUCAUAGAUUUUGGAAUAUCUUAUGGUUUCCAGUGGCCUUCUUUGAUUCAUCGCCUUGCUUGGAGACGUGGUUCAUCUUGUAAGCUUCGGAUAACCGGUAUAGAGUUGCCUCAACGUGGUUUUAGACCAGCGGAGGGAGUUAUUGAGACGGGUCAUCGCUUAGCUAAGUAUUGUCAGAAGUUCAAUGUUCCGUUUGAGUACAAUGCAAUUGCGCAGAAAUGGGAAACAAUCAAAUUGGAGGACUUGAAGCUAAAAGAAGGCGAGUUUGUUGCGGUAAACUCUUUAUUUCGAUUUAGGAACCUUCUAGAUGAGACGGUGGCAGUGCACAGCCCGAGAGAUACGGUUCUGAAGCUGAUAAGGAAGAUAAAGCCAGACGUAUUCAUCCCCGGGAUCCUCAGCGGAUCUUACAACGCGCCUUUCUUUGUCACGAGGUUUAGAGAAGUUCUGUUUCAUUACUCGUCUCUGUUUGACAUGUGUGACGCGAAUCUAACACGGGAAGAUCCAAUGAGGGUUAUGUUUGAGAAAGAGUUCUAUGGGAGGGAGAUCAUGAAUGUGGUGGCGUGUGAGGGGACAGAGAGAGUGGAGAGACCAGAGAGUUAUAAGCAGUGGCAGGCGAGGGCGAUGAGAGCCGGGUUUAGACAGAUUCCACUGGAUAAGGAACUGGUUCAGAAACUGAAGUUGCUGGUGGAAAGUGGAUACAAAACGAAAGAGUUUGAUGUUGAUCAAGAUUGUCACUGGUUACUUCAGGGCUGGAAAGGUAGAAUUGUGUAUGGUUCAUCUGUUUGGGUUCCUUUGUAGACAGUAUCUCUUGCAUCCCAAGGAAUGAUUCUAUUUUAGGGCUCUUGGUUCUUCUUUAGGGGGUUUCUAUACUUCCUGUAACAAUAGUAUCCGGUUAGGGCUAUUACUACUUAGGCAUGAGUCUAUGAUGUAAAAAAAAUAACUAUUUUACUUGUAA